AUGUCAUCUUCAAAUAUCCAUGAGACAGUGAAUUUUACAUCAUCUUUAGCAGAAACAUCAACGCCUUUACCAAGUGUAUUUGAAUUAUUAGCACAAGAACGUUUAACAGAUUUGAUUCGUCCUUGUCUACGACAAAUUCUAAAAUUUUUAUAUGAAAUUCGUCCAGUUUCUAAUCUAUUUCGAAUACUUUAUAAAUAUAAAGAUGAAUUUAUAUUGCUUAUUGAAAGUAUUAUUCAAUGGCUCUAUUUGCAUUUCUAUUCAGCUUUAAUAGGCGAACAUUUUUAUGGAUUAAAACGAACAGCAAAUCAUCGAUUACGUUCAUUAAUUUUUUCUGUAUUUUUACCCUAUGUCAAAUUAAAACUUGAUUCAUUACACGAACAAAUGAACACAAAUAACAACAAUCGCAAUGCAACAUUUUAUAUCAUUCUUAAACUUUUACCAAAAAUUCAAAUAUUUAUUGAAGGUGUUUGUUGGCUCUAUCGAAUAGGUUAUGCAUUUGGUCGAACUGAAUAUUAUAGUCCAGCACUUCAAUUAGCUGGCGUUAAAUUAACUUAUAUCAAAGAUCCAUCACCUGUCAUUCCACCAACGAAUACGAGUGGCCGUUUUUUUGCUAUAAUCAGUCAAAUAAUGUCAAGUGGCUUAUUUCUUAUUCAAUUUAUUGAUUGGUGGAAUAAUACAAAUGGCUCAUCAAAACAAACUUCGAUUGGUACUACAAGUAUUCCACCCUUACCUACUACUAUUCCUACGCGACCAGCAAUUGGUAAACGACAAUGUCCUCUAUGUCGACAACCAUGUAAUGUUCCAACAGCUGUAAGUGGUUCUGGUUAUGUUUACUGUUAUACAUGUAUAAGUAAUUAUGUCACACGUUAUCAUAAAUGUCCAGCAACAAAUCAAUCGGUGACGAAUGAACAAUUAAUUAAAAUUUAUUAA